AUGGCCCUCUCUCUUUCCAAUUUCCUCUUUGCAGCCGCGUUGCUCCCCAGCUUAGGUGGGCUUGCGCGGGCUGCAACGAGAAACUAUGAUUUCAAUAUCACUUGGGUGACUGCAAACCCGGACGGUGCCAAGGAGCGCCCAACAAUUGGUAUCAACAACCAAUGGCCAAUUCCGCCUAUCACCGCAGAUGUCGGCGACAGAGUUCUUGUGAAUGUCAACAAUCAACUGGGAAACCAGAGCACGAGCUUACAUUUUCACGGACUUUACAUGAAUGGCACCACUGAAAUGGAUGGCGUCGUCGGCGUAACUCAAUGCAGUAUUGCUCCAGGCCAGAGUUUCUUGUAUAAUUUCACGGUUGACCAGCCGGGAACAUACUGGUAUCACUCCCACGAGCGAGGCCAAUAUCCCGAUGGUCUCCGCGGUCCUUUGAUCGUCAAUGACCCUAAAUCGCCUUUCAAGGAUGAUUAUGAUGAAGAGGUUGUUCUGACCUUCUCUGACUGGUAUCAUGACCAAAUGCCGCCUCUGCUCAAGUGGUUUAUCAGCUACGCCAACCCAACGGGUGCGGAGCCGGUGCCGGAUGCCGCACUGGUUAAUGACACCCAAAACCUCACCGUUUCUGUUGAACCUGGAAAGACUUACUUCUUCCGAAUGAUCAAUAUUGGCGCUUUUGCUGGCCAGUAUAUCUGGUUUGAAGGCCAUACUAUGAAGGUCAUCGAAGUUGACGGCAUCUAUACGGAGCCUUACGAAACUGAUAUGAUCUACAUGGGCGCAGCUCAGCGUUAUGGUGUUCUCAUCUCAAUGAAAAACUCUACGGAUGCCAACUUCCCGUUCGUGAUGAGCAUGGAUGAGACACUCUUUGACACUGUUCCUGACACUUUGAACCCUAACGCGACGGGCUGGUUGGUGUAUGAUUCGAAGAAGGACAUGCCACAGGCAGCCUUGCUUGAUGAUUUUGCUCCCUUGGACGACAGUCUCCUUGUGCCUCACGAUCACGAAAAGAUCUUCGAUCAUGUGGACUAUUCCUUCAACCUCGACUUAACUAUGGAUAAUCUUGGCGAUGGUGCAAAUUACGCCUUUUUUAACGGAAUCACCUAUGUCCCACCCAAGGUUCCCACCUUGUAUUCUGUCCUUACAACUGGCCCUAAUGCCACCAAUCCGGCAAUUUACGGUCGAAACUCUCAUGCCUUUGUCCUUGAAAAGGGACAAGUUGUUGAAAUUGUUCUUAACAAUGAUGAUACUGGAAAGCAUCCCUUCCACUUGCACGGUCAUGCAUUCCAAGUUGCUUAUCGGUCCACUGAAAAUGUGGGCAACUAUAAUGGAAGCGUGCCACUGAUUCAGACUCCCAUGCGGAGAGACACUCUUGUGAUAAUUUGGUUAUUCCACUGCCACAUUGAAUGGCACGUUGCUUCGGGUCUUAUCGCUACAAUGAUUGAGGCGCCGCUUGAUAUCCAGAAAACGAUUAGUAUUCCCCCGGAACAUUACGAUACCUGCAAGGCCAAAAAUAUCCCGACUGCUGGAAAUGCUGCGGGCAACACCAAGAACUUUUUGGAUCUUUCCGGCGAAAAUAUCUCUGUGAAGCCGCUUCCUGCUGGAUUUACCGCUAGAGGAAUUGUUGCUCUGGUUUUCAGCUGUAUCAGUGCAUUUUUGGGACUGGCUGCGAUCACAUGGUACGGUUUUGGAGAUUUGGGGAAGAAUGAGCUUGCGGCAGCGCAGAGGCGCAUUCGCGAGGGAGGUAUCAGCCUUCAGGAUGAUAAUCACUAA